GAGGGAGGGGACAUGGCCUGCUCGGACCUGCUGUCUCUGAGGAGCGACUCGAUAUCUCUGGCCAGCGAACCGACCGUCUCCAGGACAAGUGAAGAGGACGACAGCCGGAGCGUCGCCGCCUCCUCCGUCAUGUCCCUGUUCCACAGGGUCCAGCUGGAUCCUGUGGAGAAGCUCUGGUUGAGGAGCUGCGCUGUGGGGAACGUGUCCACUCAACGCCAGCUGCUCACUCAGGAGCCCGGCCUCGUCUUCAAGAAGACGGCGCUCCACUGGGCAGCCAAGCAGGGCCGACAGGAGAGCGUGGACCUGAUGCUGCUGUCCGGAGCUGACAUCAACGUCAGAUCGCACGUAAGUGACCUUCUGAAUCUUUUGAACCUCCAGAAACCUACAGAGAGUCGAGCCAUUGUACCAAAGUCCCUUCAGAAAUCAGAAGCUUUUAGAUGUAAACUUUCAGUAAACGGACUAUGACUGAAGCUUAGUGCAGAUGUUUCCUGCAGUCAGUUUGUUGUUCCUGUGUUUAAUCAUCACUCUGUGUUUGUGUGACCUCUCUCCUCACGCCUGUGUCACUCUGAAGGGGGUAAGUCAUGCUUUAAUGUUACAGAUAGAUGUGUGGUUAGAACAUUUGCAGAAAGAUUUCUCUUCACUGUAUCAUCAUAUUCAGACUAAAAAUAAUGUUUAUCACAUUACUGACUAGUUGUUUAACAGACUGAGAUCCAAACUAAAUUUAA